AUGGCUGAUAGCAGCUGUGGUAAAAAAUCCACAAAAUGCCCCAACUGUUCAUCUGCUUCUCAGAAAAAUGUACUUUGUGUAUGUUCUUGUAAAACAAAGCUUUCUCCAGUGUCAGUGGUGGAAAUGUCACAGACAUCGAGCAUUGGUAGUUCAGAAUUUAUAGUUUCACCAGAGAGACAAAAAGAAAGACAAGCCAGCAAAGACAUUACCUCUGGAAAAGAUUUGCCCUCAAAAACCUCAAAUGUAGAGAGAAAAUCUUCUCAACAACAGUGGGGUCGGGGCAACUUUACAGAAGGAAAAGUUCCUCACAUAAGGAUGGACAAUGGAGCUGCUAUUCAGGAAAUCUAUACCUUUGGAAGAAUAUUGGGACAAGGGAGCUUUGGAAUGGUCAUUGAAGCUAUUGACAAAGAGACAGAAACUAAGUGGGCAAUUAAAAAAGUGAGCAAAGAAAAGGCUGGAAGCUCUGCUGUGAAGUUACUUGAACGGGAAGUGACCAUCCUAAAAAGUGUGAAACAUGAACACAUUAUACAUCUAGAACAAGUAUUUGAGACGCCUAAGAAAAUGUACCUUGUGAUGGAGCUUUGUGAGGAUGGAGAACUCAAAGAAAUUCUGGAUAGGAAAGGUCAUUUCUCAGAGAAUGAGACCAGGUGGAUCAUUCGAAGUCUCACCUCAGCUAUAGCCUAUCUUCACAGUAAGGAUAUAGUACAUAGAGAUCUAAAACUGGAAAACAUAAUGGUUAAAAGCAGCUUUAUUGAUGCUAAUGAUGAAAUGAACUUAAACAUAAAGGUGACUGAUUUUGGUUUAGCGGUGAAGAAGCAAGGAAGGAGUGAAGCCAUGCUGCAGACCACAUGUGGGACACCUAUCUAUAUGGCCCCUGAAGUUAUCAAUGCCCACGACUAUAGCCAGCAGUGUGACAUUUGGAGCAUAGGUGUCAUAAUGUACAUUUUAUUAUGUGGAGAAGCACCCUUUAUGGCUAGCUCAGAAGAGAAGCUUUUUGAGUUAAUAAGAAAGGGAGAACUACAUUUUAAAGAUUCAGUCUGGGAUUCCAUAAGUGAUUCUGCUAAAAGUGUUUUGAAACAACUUAUGAAAGUAGAUCCUGCUCAUAGAAUCACAGCUAAGGAACUACUAGAUAACCAGUGGUUAACAGGCAAUAUACUUUCUUCGGCGAGACCAACCAAUGUGUUAGAAAUGAUGAAAGAAUGGAAAAAUAACCCAGGAAGUGAUGAGGAAAGUACAACAGACCAAAAGAACAACUGGUCCGGUCACGAAAAGUUGAAAGGUUACCAACCCAGCAGAAGUAUCCAUGUCAGUAACUCUUCAGAUGAAGAGGAAGGAAAACAGCCCACUGCUUAUGAAAAGACUUCUGUGCCCAGUAAGAAGGAAAACAUGGAUGACUUGGACAUGAGUUACUCAAGUUACAUAUCUAGCAGACUCCCUUCAGCUGAACUCAAGGGAGAAAUAGAGAAACCCCCUGCGACUUCAAGCCAAGGAACAGCAACCAAAGGCACUGCUAAAUCCAUUGCCCUGCCUAGAACCAAAAAGAAACUCUAA